AUGGCCAAAGCGACGGCUAAAGUGCCCACCACGGGCAAGGAGGACCUGUCCGGAUGGGAGAAGAAGGUAUAUAUUGCUGCGCCAUCAAUCAAUUUCAUCAAGAUUCGUUUCGCGCCGCGGCGAGUCGACGCGUUGGGCUGUCGGCCGCUCACAAGGCAUCGUCUCUGAGUGUCACACGCGGCCGCCGGCCUACCAGACGCCCCGUCGCGCAGGCCCUCCUGCUCUUCAUCGCGGCCGUACUCAUUGAUAUUCUGGGCGUUCUCGAUCAGUCGAUGCCGGCGCUCGACUGCAUCUACGGGCCGGCGAGCGCCGCGCUCAUGAAGAAGCUGUUCAACUCGAAGGCCGGAGCAGCCGUCGCCAUGGUCGAGGAAAGUGUCCCCGGCCUGGACUGGAUCCCGACGGCGACGAUCACGUGGUGCGCCUGGACGUACUCGUGCUGGAACGCCGAGGCCAAGCAGAAGAAGCAGCAGGCCAAGGCGAAGAAACACGACAUCCCCGUGGCGACACCCAUCGGCUAG